AUGCUCCUUGUCUUUGAGAGGUUGGAAAGUGUAAACACCGCUCUCCAAAAGAAGAGCUUACAGUUCACCCGAGCAGAGCUUUUAGUUAAGGCUGUUGAAGAGAGUAUCGGUCAACUCCGCGAGGACUUCUCCAGCUUCUGGGCCGAUGUGUCGGAUGAAGAACGUGAAAUGGAGAUUGGGGCCCCAAGCGUUCCGAAGAGAACGCGGCAGGCACCACGUCGAUAUGAUGAAGGAUCGCACGCUCAUGACUUUAAUUCCCCGGAAGCUUUCUACCGGCAAUGGUUCUAUCUAGUCAUCGACACGGUGCAUGCAUCGCUGCGCACGCGGUUUCCGCCAGAAAUGUGGCAUCACAUGACGCAAGUAGAGCAGUUCGUAACAGGUGAAACUGACAGCACGUACCUUUGCGAAUUCUGUAAAGGAGAUCUCAACGCUGUGCGUCUUCAGCUUCACCGCGAUAUGUUACUGGACAUAGCAAAGCAACGUGCAACGAGUCUUGUCACAUUUCAAGAUGUGGUGGACCUUCUUUCGGGAAAAGCAGGUGAAUCCUUGAGGGUGCUCCUUCCAGAAGUUGUCAAGCUUCUACAAAUCGCAAUGACGAUUCCUGUGACUUCCUGUUCGUCAGAAAGAUCUUUCUCGUGUCUCCGGAGAGUUAAAACUUACCUGCGCUCAACAAUGGGACAGGCCAGACUCAACCAUACCGCCUUGCUCCACUGCCACAAAGAGCUCGCUAGGCAAGUGGAUCUAGAUCUUGUGGCUAACGAGUUCAUUCAUUGA